CUCGGCGCCUAAUAGGGCAAGGCCAAUGACAUCUUUACUCAAACAAACGCCCAAAUAAAAAUCAAAGUCUCCUCUUCUUUCUUUCUUUCUUUCUUCAUACUCGCAAUAUCCUUUUUCUCUCUCCUACUUCUUCAGAAAACCAAAAAUGGCGGUUCACAAAGAUGCAGAAAUGGCGGAGAUACUGAAGCCCCGAACUGAUAACAGAGAAUACAAGCGACUCGUCCUCCCUAAUUCUCUCGAAAUUCUUCUUAUCAGCGAUCCUGAUACUGACAAGUGUGCUGCUUCUAUGAAUGUCAAUGUCGGCUCUUUCUGUGACCCUGAAGGUCUUGAAGGACUCGCUCAUUUUCUCGAGCACAUGUUGUUUUAUGCCAGUGAGAAGUACCCUACAGAAGAUAGUUACUCCAAGUACAUAACAGAGCAUGGUGGUCACACAAAUGCUUUCACUGCAUCGGAGUAUACCAACUAUUACUUUGACGUCAAUGCGGAUUCUUUCGAGGAGGCUCUAGAUAGGUUUGCACAGUUUUUUAUCAAGCCACUCAUGUCUCCUGAUGCUACCAUGAGGGAAAUCAAAGCUGUAGAUUCAGAACAUCAAAAGAACUUGCUUUCUGAUGGUUGGCGCAUGAACCAGCUCAAAAAACAUCUCAGUUCACCAGCCCAUCCCUAUCACAAAUUCAGUACAGGAAGUUGGGAUACUUUGGAGGUGCGUCCAAAGGCGAAGGGUAUAGAUACAAGAGAGGAAUUGAUUAAAUUCUAUGAGGAAUAUUAUUCGGCAAACCUGAUGCGUCUUGUUGUCUAUGCCAAAGAUAGUCUUGAUAAAAUCGAAAGCUUGGUGGAAAGCAAAUUUCAAGAUAUACGGAAUAUUAAUAGAAACUCCCUCAGCUUCCCUGGUCAGCCUUGUACAUCAGACCACCUUCAGAUCCUUGUCAAAACUGUCCCAAUUAAAGAUGGCCAUACUUUGAGGAUUAUGUGGCCAAUCACUCCUAGCAUUCGUUACUACAAAGAAGCGCCAUGCAAGUAUCUUGGACAUCUCAUUGGCCAUGAAGCAGAAGGAUCGUUGUUUUACAUCUUGAAAAAAUUGGGUUGGGCCACCGGAUUAUCAGCAGGGGAAACAGACUGCACUGCCGAGUACUCUUUUUUUAAAGUUGGUAUCGAUCUUACAGAUGCAGGGCAUGAGAACAUACAAAGUGUCGUGGGCUUGCUAUUUAAAUAUAUCCAGCUUUUACAGAAGUCGGGCGUGUGUGAAUGGAUUUUUAGUGAGCUUUCAGCAAUAUGUGAGACCUCAUUCCAUUAUCAGGACAAAAAUCGUCCCGCUGACUAUGUGGUUGAUAUUUCAAGCGAUAUGCAGUUAUAUCCACCUAGAGAUUGGCUGGCCCGAUCAUCACUGCCAUCUAAUUUCAAUCCAAGCACUAUCCAAAUGAUAUUAGACGAACUUAAUCCAGAAAAUAUGAGGAUAUUUUGGGAAUCAAAGACCUUCGAAGGGCAUACAGACUUGGCAGAGCCGUGGUAUGGAACAUGUUAUUCCAUUGAGAAGAUUUCCUCCUCGACAAUUCAGGAAUGGGUAACUGCUUCUCCUAAUGAGAAUCUGCAUCUACCAGCAGCCAAUGUAUUCAUUCCUACUGAUUUAUCAAUCAAAGAUUUCAAGGAUAAGGUCACGUACCCCAUUUUGUUAAGGACAUCAUCUUAUUCCAGAUUAUGGUACAAACCUGAUACCAUGUUUUUCAUCCCCAAGGCUUAUGUGAAAAUAGAUUUUCACUGCCCGUAUGCUGGAAACUCCCCCGAAUCAGAAGUCCUUACAGACAUCUUCACAAGAUUGUUAACAGAUUACUUGAAUGAAUAUGCUUACGAUGCUCAGGUUGCUGGUCUUCACUAUGGGAUUAACCCUACAGAUUGUGGUUUUGAGGUGACGGUAGUUGGUUAUAAUCACAAAUUGGGGGUCUUGUUGGAUACAAUAGUUGAUAUGAUUAUGAAGUUUGAAGUAAGAGAAGACAGGUUUGCCGUUAUAAAGGAGACUAUAAUAAAGCAGUACCAAAAUUACAAGUUUCAGCAACCGUAUCAGCAAGCAAUGUAUUACUGCUCAUUGAUUCAGCAAGACGGUGCAUGGCCUUGGAUGGAACAACUUGAAGUUCUACCCAAUCUUGAAGCUGAUGCACUUUCCAAGUUUGUUCCUUUGAUGCUUUCAAAAGCAUUCCUUGAGUGUUAUAUUGCAGGGAACAUUGAGCAGGGUGAGGCUGAGUCAACUAUUGAUAAAGUUGAAAGUGCAUUUUUUAAGAAUUCAAACCCUCUUUGCCAACCUCUUUUUCCUUCGCAACAUCAGACUAACAGAGUUGUGAAGCUCGGAAAAGGAAAACGUUUCUGCUAUAGUGCCAAAGGGUUGAAUCCAAGUGAUGAGAAUUCCUGCCUUGUUCACUGUAUUCAGGUACAUCAAGAUGAUUAUCUGGCAAAUGUAAAGCUUGAGCUUAUUGCUCUUGUUGCCAAACAACCAACGUUCCACCAGCUUCGAUCUGUUGAGCAACUUGGAUACAUAACUGUACUUAUGAAGAGGAAUAUUUGUGGCAUCCAUGGUUUGCAAUUUAUCAUCCAAUCUACAGCAAAGGGUCCAAGUCAUAUUGACCAGAGAGUCGAGGCAUUUCUUAGUAAGUUUGAGGGUGAACUUCGCCAGCUUAGUGAAGAUGAGUUCAAGAAAAAUGUCAAUUCACUUGUUGAUAGCAAGCUGGAGAAGCACAAGAAUCUGAGAGAAGAAUCUAGGUUCUUCUGGAAAGAAAUUACUGACGGGACUUUCAAAUUUGACAGGAAAGAAUCUGAGGUCACAGCAUUAAAACAGCUGACUCAACAAGAACUAGUAGAUUACUUUGAUGAAUUUAUCAAAGUUAAUGCCACCCGAAAGAAAUCACUGAGCGUAAGGGUGUAUGGAUCCUCACAUUUGUCAGACUAUGAAGUCGACAAGACUAGCGCAGAACAAGCAAAGUAUGUUAACAUUGAUGAUAUUUUUACUUUUAGAAGGUCACAACCAUUAUAUGGCUCAUUCAGAGGAGGUCGAAGUCCUACAAAACUGUAAGGAUUACUUCAAAUCCAGCUGAGAAAAAAAGGAGGAUGUGCAGUCAAAGGAAAAGAAACCUUACAAAUCAUAUCUUAGAUGACUUUCCGAUUUGUGUCAGUUGACCUAUACCUCUUUUAGACCAGAAGACAUUACUCUAGGAUCAUAAAAAAUGUUUGUCUGUCACUUGAUUUUUUUCGAGAGUUAUUGCUUGUAUUAACAAUGUUGCACAAUAAAAUCAAUACAAGUAGUUUAAAAGGGGUUGUUUGCUUUGUAAUAAAAACAUUGCAUUUCUUUAAAAUAGAUGUAUGUACUACUUCGUAUUUGAUAAUAAGAAUUCUGUUGGAGAUUACAUGAGA